AAGGGCGGAGCUCACAGGCUGCUCUGCUUCCGAGACUGAAGUGGUGGUUUGGUCGGGCCUCACGGGUGGCCCAGGUCACUGUUUGCGCCUCGGCGGCCAUCUUUCCUGCGUCCCGCUCCCGCCGCGGGAGGGGCGGUGUCCAAGCCGGAAGCGGCUGUGUGGCGGCACGCCGCCACCUCAGUGAAUGGCCCUGACUGGAGUUUUUGAGCACAUCAAUAAACAUGAGCGGGACCAAACCUGAUAUUCUGUGGGCACCACACCAGGUUGAUAGAUUUGUUGUCUGCGACUCAGAACUGAGCCUUUAUCAUGUGGAAUCUGCUGUGAAUUCAGAACUCAAAGCUGGAUCUUUACGCUUGUCUGAAGACUCUGCAGCUACAUUGCUGUCGAUAAAUUCAGAUACACCCUAUAUGAAAUGUGUUGCAUGGUAUCUCAAUUAUGAUCCUGAAUGUCUCCUAGCAGUUGGACAAGCAAAUGGUCGAGUUGUACUUACAAGUCUUGGUCAAGAUCAUAACUCAAAGUUCAAAGAUUUGAUAGGAAAAGAAUUUGUUCCAAAACAUGCACGACAAUGCAAUACCCUGGCAUGGAAUCCAUUGGAUAGUAACUGGCUUGCUGCUGGCCUAGAUAAACACAGAGCUGACUUUUCAGUGCUAAUAUGGGAUAUCUGCAGCAAAUACACUCCUGAUAUUGUUCCCAUGGAAAAAGUGAGACUUUCAGCAGGUGAAGCUGAAACAACAUUAUUAGUAACAAAACCACUUUAUGAGUUAGGACAAAAUGAUGCUUGUCUCUCUCUCUGUUGGCUUCCACGAGACCAGAAACUUCUCCUUGCUGGUAUGCAUCGUAACCUAGCCAUAUUUGAUCUUCGGAAUACAAGCCAAAAAAUGUUUGUAAAUACAAAAGCCGUUCAAGGGGUAACAGUAGACCCAUACUUCCACGAUCGUGUUGCUUCCUUCUAUGAAGGUCAGGUUGCAAUAUGGGAUCUUAGAAAAUUUGAGAAACCAGUCUUGACUUUAACUGAGCAACCAAAGCCCUUAACAAAAGUAGCAUGGUGUCCAACUAGGACUGGUCUGCUUGCCACUCUAACAAGGGAUAGUAAUAUUAUUAGGUUGUAUGAUAUGCAGCAUACACCCACUCCCAUUGGCGAUGAGACUGAGCCCACUAUAAUUGAAAGAAGUGUGCAGCCUUGUGACAAUUACAUUGCUUCCUUUGCAUGGCAUCCAACAAGUCAAAAUCGAAUGAUUGUUGUGACUUCCAAUCGAACAAUGUCUGACUUCACUGUUUUUGAAAGGAUAUCUCUUGCCUGGAGCCCAAUUACAUCUUUAAUGUGGGCUUGUGGUCGUCAUUUGUAUGAAUGUGCAGAAGAAGAGAGUGAUAAUUCUUUAGAAAAAGAUAUAGCAACGAAAAUGCGCCUUCGGGCUUUAUCGAGGUAUGGACUUGAUACAGAGCAAGUGUGGAGAAACCACAUUUUAGCUGGAAAUGAAGACCCACAGCUCAAGUCACUCUGGUAUACUCUGCACUUUAUGAAGCAGUAUACAGAAGAUAUGGAUCAGAAAUCUCCAGGCAACAAAGGAUCAUUGGUUUAUGCAGGAAUUAAGUCAAUAGUAAAAUCAUCUUUAGGAAUGGUGGAAAGCAGCAGACAUAAUUGGAGUGGGUUGGAUAAACAAACUGAUAUUCAGACUUUAAAUGAAGAGAGAAUUUUAGCUUUACAGCUUUGUGGGUGGAUAAAGAAAGGAACGGAUGUAGAUGUGGGGCCAUUUUUGAACUCCCUUGUCCAAGAAGGAGAAUGGGAAAGAGCUGCUGCUGUGGCUUUAUUCAACUUGGACAUUCGUCGAGCAAUCCAAAUCCUGAAUGAAGGGGCUUCCUCAGAAAAAGGAGAUCUGAAUCUCAAUGUGGUAGCAAUGGCUUUAUCGGGUUAUACGGAUGAGAAGAAUUCCCUUUGGAGAGAAAUGUGCAGCACUCUACGGUUGCAACUAAACAACCCUUAUCUGUGUGUUAUGUUUGCGUUUCUGACUAGUGAAGCAGGAUCUUAUGAUGGUGUUUUGUAUGAGAACAAAGUUGCUGUACGUGACAGAGUAGCAUUUGCUUGUAAAUUCCUUGGCGAUGCUCAGUUAAAUAGAUACAUCGAAAAGUUGACCAAUGAAAUGAAAGAGGCUGGAAAUUUGGAAGGAAUUUUGCUUACAGGCCUUACUAAGGAUGGAGUGGACUUAAUGGAGAGUUAUGUGGAUAGAACUGGAGAUGUCCAGACAGCAAGUUACUGCAUGUUACAGGGUUCUCCUUUAGAUGUUCUUAAAGAUGAAAGGGUUCAGUACUGGAUUGAGAAUUAUAGAAAUUUAUUAGAUGCCUGGAGGUUUUGGCACAAACGAGCUGAAUUUGAUAUUCACAGAAGUAAAUUGGACCCCAGCUCCAAGCCUUUAGCACAGGUGUUUGUGAGUUGUAAUUUUUGUGGCAAAUCAAUCUCCUACAGCUGUUCAUCUGUGCCUCAUCAGGGCAGAGGCUUUAGUCAGUAUGGCGUGAGUGGCUCACCAACAAAAUCGAAAGUCACAAGUUGCCCUGGCUGUCGAAAACCCCUUCCUCGGUGUGCACUUUGUCUCAUUAAUAUGGGAACACCCGUUUCUAGCUGUCCUGGGGGAUCCAAAUCAGAUGAAAAAGUGGAUUUGAGCAAGGACAAAAAAUUAGCUCAGUUUAACAACUGGUUCACAUGGUGUCACAACUGUAGGCAUGGUGGGCAUGCUGGACAUAUGCUUAGUUGGUUCAGGGACCACGCAGAGUGCCCUGUGUCAGCAUGCACGUGUAAAUGUAUGCAAUUGGAUACAACAGGGAAUCUGGUUCCCGCAGAGACUGUCCAGCCAUGAAAUGUUAUCACCUAAAGAGAAAUCUAGAAGUGUCGAGUUUUUUUACUAGAUGUCCUCAUAGUUCAAAAACAUACCUCAGAACAAGUCACUCAUGACUUUCCUAUAAUGGGAAAAUAAAUCAUUCUAUCAGAUCAGCAAUUUGAUGUUUGAGUGAUUUUGAUGUGCUCCACAGUGGCAAAUGCUGCUGAAAUGAACAUCAGAGCAAGAAUGUAGGUGCUGUUCAGUAGGUUAAAAGGUUCAUUUUAGAAGAACUUUCUCAGGUUUUGUCAAAAUUUUGAAUGUGCAUAAGAGGUUUUUGGAGUAAAAACAGAACUUGUACCUGCAUCUUCAAAGUUGAACUUGUUAUCUUUUGAUAAAAUCUGUACAUACUCAAAAUCAAAUGGCUAAUUCAGUGGUUCAGAUAACAGUUUAAGCUUAUCCAUGCUUAGAUUCCUUCCAGAUAAAAUUUAAAUUGUGAAUUUUUACAUUGAGAAGUAACUCCUAAUCCACACUGGAGAAUAAAUGUUAUAAAUAGAUGGUG